CCCAUCUGUCAUGUUAUUCUUCCUCCAGUUCGCAUGGCUUUUGUUUUCAUUUCAUAUUAGCCAAUAACAAAUUAGAAAACCCUAUAAAAAUAAAAAUUAUUUUAAAAAAAUGAAAUUUGAAAUUAAAAAUAGAAGAAACCGAAUGCAGUUAGUUUUGUUUUGCAGUUUGCAUUUGCAACCAGUGUCUAACGAAUCCCUCGGAUCAGAGUUUGGGGGAUCACCAUUCAGUCAUUCAUCCAUCAAUACCGAUUAUAUUCAUUUAUACAGAUUGAAUCCACCAUUCUAACCACAAUGCCCUCGUAGACCGCCCUUUCUACGAUCCCCCGCUGCAAACGCCUCUGCCCACGCCUUCUUUCUCCUACAUUUCUCUUCGUCUCAUCCCAAUAUUUCCGUUUCUGCUGCAUUGUAAAAUACCCAGAUCGGAAGUUCAACAAUUCUCAUUACCCGGGAAGUAUACCGUGCGUGCAUACUUUUAUAGCUAGCUAGGUUGGUUCUUGGAUUCUUUGAAGCAAUGUCGCAGAACAUACUGGUAACGGGAGGCGCAGGGUAUAUUGGGAGUCACACUGUGUUGCAAUUGCUGUUUUCUGGUUACAAAGCUGUUGUGGUUGAUAAUUUGGACAAUUCUUCCUCCAUUGCUAUCUCAAGAGUUAAGGAGCUUGCUGGUGAACAUGCCUCCAAUCUUGAAUUCUUCAAGAUGGAUCUUCGUGACAAGCCUGCGCUUGAAAAGCUCUUUGCCUCCAUGAAAUUCUAUGCUGUUAUCCAUUUUGCUGGAUUAAAAGCAGUUGGUGAAAGUGUGCAGAAGCCUUUGAUGUAUUAUGACAACAAUCUUACUGGUACAAUUAUCCUUCUGGAAGUCAUGGUUGCCCAUGGAUGCAAAAAUCUUGUGUUUUCAUCAUCAGCAACUGUUUAUGGUUCGCCAAAAUUGGUUCCGUGCACAGAGGAACUCCCCCUAAGUGCUUUAAAUCCUUAUGGCCGAACCAAGCUCUACAUCGAAGAAAUAUGCCGUGAUGUGCACCAAUCAGACGCUGAAUGGAAAAUCAUAUUGCUGCGAUACUUCAAUCCAGUUGGUGCCCAUCCUAGUGGCGAUAUUGGUGAAGAUCCAUGUGGAAUCCCAAAUAAUCUUAUGCCCUUUGUUCAACAAGUUGCUGUUGGAAGGCUGCCAUCUUUGAAAGUUUUUGGAAAUGAUUACAAAACAAAGGAUGGCACAGGGGUACGUGAUUACAUUCAUGUUAUGGAUUUGGCAGAUGGUCACAUUGCUGCUGUGAAGAAAUUGGCAGAUCCUUCCGUAGGCUGUGAAGUAUACAACUUAGGAACUGGAAAAGGUACAUCAGUCUUGGAAAUGGUAACAGCAUUCGAGAAAGUAUCAGGAAAGAAAAUUCCACUGGUGAUGGCUGCCCGACGACCUGGUGAUGCUGAAAUUGUGUAUGCAGCAAACGAGAAAGCAGAACGGGAAUUAAAAUGGAAGGCAAAAUAUGGCAUUGAAGAGAUGUGCAGAGAUCAGUGGAAUUGGGCAAGCAAAAACCCCUAUGGUUAUGGGAAAUCUACCUGAUCUUUGGAUAAAAAGUAGGAAUUAACUGAGAAGAGGAAUGCUUUGCUGCAUCUCUUUCUCUGCUAGUUGAUGUUAGUUCAAUUCUUUUCUAAUUCAAUUCAUUCAUUGAUUAGUUAAGUGAGAUGCAUAAAUAAAUAUAUAGAAUAUAUACAGUUGAGUAUCAUGUCGCGGCAUACUACUUAUUGGCUUCAACCACUUUGAUCUAUAUCCAAAAGUUCCUUUUCUUUU